UGCCGAGGGACCGAUCGGUGGCCUCUCCGUCCUCUGCCGAUGCCGGUGACUUAUCUGCGGUUGAUUAUACGUUUUUGUAGUCGCUAUUUCCAUUUCGACCGCAGUUAGAUUAUUUUUUUUCACGGUUCGUUCGUUUCUUUCUUGUCUGCGCGUUUAAUCUGUGAAAUGUGGUCUAUUCGUUUCGGUCUGUGAUCGGGCGCUGCACUGUUCGUUCCAGCAGGUUUUUUUUUUAAUAAAAAUACUUUAUUAAAGACAUUUUUUUUUCUUUUAAAGAUUAUAAUAAGAAUUUUUAUCUCGUUGUGGUUCAGUAUUCGUCGCGAAUUUCGAGCGUUGAUUUUCGUUUGUUGACUUUGUUGUGAUAUACUUUAUACUUACACAUAGAAAUAUGUCUGUCAAUUGUGAAAAACGUACCUUUAAAUCUCCCGGUGGAGAUUGCCAUGACUUGUUCGGAGCCGAAUUUAUUGGGUCUCCCUGCCAUCAUAGGGUAUUGAAACCACCCGGUGGCGGCAGCUCUGAUAUUUUUGGAAAAGAUGGAGGCCCAGAACAGCCCGUAAUUAGGAAAAAAUCCCAACAAUCGUCGUCUAUCGUUUUAAACGACGAAGUAACGCCGGCUCCGAUCGAGAAUGGUCAUAGCAACAAACAAGGUACGUGUAACGAACGAUUGUUCGGACCAGCUUUGGAAUUAAACGGAAUUAAAAACGGAAUUAAUUCCGUUGCAAAAAUUAACGGAAAUGGUGAAAUUUUAACAAAUGGAAAAGAUCAUACAGAUGCUCCUAAAACUAACGGAGUUCCAGUGACAAAUGGUAAAGCUCCAUCCGAAGCUCCAAAACCCGUAGUAUCAAACGCAGGCAACGCAGCUCCGCGCCAACGAGUGCCACCAGGCGGAUUCUCAUCCGGAUUAUGGUAAAAGCGGGAAAGGUUGUAGCGAAAAUGUGGCCAAAUCUAUCGAGCUUCGGAAUACGCGCGUGAGACAAUAUACAAAUAUUAAAUUUAAGAAGCAAAUUUUUAUGUAUUAAUUUUACUCUCCAAUAGAUUAUCGGAAAUAUUAUACACGAUUUGAUAUUGUU